UUUUCAACAAAGACCAAGUAUUUAAUUUUGUAACCUUUUUGGUUAAAUCAAUUCGUUUAAUAUUUAUUUUAUUUUAUUAGUUAUUUAAAUCGAUUGAAAUGUUUUAUAACCCUUCUCUAUAUUUGUAAUGAAACGGGUUAACUUCGACGUGAUUGAUUAACUGUAUGAAAAUUUUUGCCUGACUCAUUUUUUUCUCUGUCAUCAAGUCCUAGGAUCUUAUCCGACACACUCAAAAAAGUAUCCUUCUAACCUCAUCAUAUACUAUUGUACAUCUUAUAUUAGAAUUGUAUUCUCAAGAUCUCCAUCAUGGGCACCAAUUAUGCAAAUGUAAAUGUUUUUACCGUUACCGAUGAUAAGCAGCUCAUCAAAAAGCCGGGUAAUCCAUUUUAUGUCAAACUAAGUGAUGAACAGGAUAAUCUUUUGAUUACACUGAAAAAUAGUGAAACCAGUUUAAGUGAUAAAGAUGAAGAUUAUCCAUUUUACAAGGAUUCAGAGAUUUCAAAGUUCGGUAAUGACUCUCUAGUAGUACACAAUGGUACCAUUACCUUUGUCCUUCAAUUCGAUAACUUACAAGAAUCAACCAUGUUUAAUAAAAUUCUCACGGAUUUUAAGCAAGGAGUUAAGGCAUCAGUCUUUUCACAGAGAACUGAUGAAGCCUCAGCUUCUCAGUAUUUCCAGUUUUAUGGAUAUCUUUCUCAACAGCAAAACAUGAUGCAAGACUACAUUCGUACAUCUACUUACCAAAGGGCCAUUCUGGGAAACACUGAUGAUUUUCGGGAUGCAGUUGUAUUAGAUGUUGGUGCUGGUUCGGGUAUAUUAUCUUUUUUUGCUGCUCAAGCAGGUGCACGAAAGGUUUAUGCAGUUGAAGCUAGUUCAAUGGCUAAACACGCUGAACAGUUAGUCUUCCAUAACAAGUUACAAAAUAAGAUUGUUGUCAUUCCCGGUAAAAUUGAAGAGAUAACUCUACCAGAGAAGGUUGAUAUAAUUAUCUCUGAACCGAUGGGUUAUAUGCUGUUUAAUGAACGUAUGCUUGAAACUUAUCUUCAUGCUAAAAAAUGGCUCCAACCUCAAGGUAAAAUGUUUCCAACUCUUGGAGAUCUUCAUAUCGCGCCUUUCAGUGACGCAGCUCUCUACAUGGAACAGCUCAACAAAGCCAAUUUUUGGUAUCAAGAAAAUUUUCAUGGUGUUGAUCUCACUGUUUUAAGAACAGCUGCUGUUAAAGAAUACUUCCGUCAGCCAGUUGUUGAUACUUUUGACAUCCGAAUUUGUAUGGCGAGGUCUCAUCGAUUUACAGUUGAUUUUCAAUCAGCCUCAGAGACUGAUCUUCACCACAUUGAAAUUCCUUUUUCUUUUGUAAUGCUACACACAGCUGAUGUUCAUGGUCUUGCCUUUUGGUUUGAUGUUGCUUUCAUUGGUCAAAAUCAAACAGUUUGGCUAUCUACAUCUCCUACUCAACCUUUAACCCAUUGGUAUCAAGUUAGGUGUCUUGUUGAUACACCUAUUUUCUGCCAAGCUGGACAAAUUCUCACCGGCCGAGUUGCUUUAAGAUCCAACAAGCGUCAGAGUUAUGAUGUUGACAUUGAAUUAAAUCUAGAAGGAACCUUAAGCCGAGCCACUAAUUCAUUAGAUCUGAAAAAUCCCUACUUCAGGUACACUGGACAAACGCAACAACCACCGCCAGGAGCUCAUGAAACUUCUCCAACUGAACAAUAUUGGCAAUCAUUGGACAAUAAUCAAGUAAUCAUGAAUGGUAAUUCUGGAGUUGCUUUCAUGGAUAUGUCAGGCAUCCACCCUAUGCCUCAAACAUCAGGGCAAAUUCCACCUGCCAAUGUUCAACAACAACAACAACAACAAGGCUCAGGAAAUCUAAACAUGAUGCCACAACAACAGGCACAAUUGUCUGCUUUUAAUAAACCAAUCUUUCGAUAAUAUCAUUAAAAGUAUUUGUGUUGUUUGAUCAGACGAGAUUGAACGUUUAGAUCAAUGGGUCCAUCAAAAAAAGUUAUAUCGUGAAAAUCAAUUGGGUUGAUUUUGUAAACCACUAAACAAUACAAAUGGUAAAAACGAAAGUGUACAAUCUAGGCAAAUGUUGAAAUGAAACAACUGAAAAAAUCGAUUACAUAAAGAUCAGUUAUCUAAAGAAGCCGAUCCUAAGUUUGUUUCUGUUUUCAAUGUAAUCAUCCAAAUUAACAAAUUUAGUUAGUAAUGGGUCAAGAUAA